UCUUAUCUUAAUGGUUUUCCUAUUCCAAAAAUUACUAAUGGUUCGGUUAUGUGUUCGGUCGUUAGUUGUGUGCAGCACAUUGUGUGAACACGUACCUGCGUUAAAAUGAAUAAUAAUAAAAGAAAAAGAUUGAACUUAGAAGAAAAAUUAAAUAUUAUUAAAACCAAGGAAACAGAAAAUCUAAGUGUUCGUGUUUUAGCCGAACGAUUUUGCAUAAGCAAGUCACAGGUGAAUAACAUUUUACAAGAUGGGUGUAAUUUGAAAAAAUAUUACGCUGAGAACGGCAAUGAAGAUAUGAGGAGAAAAUUUUCGAAGACAUCGGAUGGAGCACUUGUAGAUAAAGUUACAUUUGAAUGGUUCUGUAGAGCCCGUUCAUAUAAUUUACCUGUUUCUAGACCAUUGCUCCAAGAGAAAGCACGAGAAGUUGCAAAUGAGGUAGGUCUAGAAAAUUUUAAAGCUUCAAAUGGUUGGCUUCAAAAAUUCCGAGAACGUCAUAACAUUUCUUUUAAAAAUAUAUGUGGUGAAGGUAACUCUGUUGAUACAAGUGUCGUAGAGAAGUGGUUAGAAAAAUUGAAAACAUUAAUUUCAGAUUAUGAACCAAAAAAUAUAUUCAAUUGA